CUGAGCGGUCGGUGCGCAUGCGCGGUUGCUGACUGGGCCGUUCAAUGAAGUCGAUGCCGGGGGAGAAAAUGGCGCAGGUUGCAAGUCGCAGCUUUUCACGGUGUUGGCGCAGGUUUACCAUUGCUCCGUCUCAGUUUAGUCCAAACGAGCGGGCAUUCAGCCAAAGCACAAAGACACUAUACCAGAGCAAUGGUCCCGAUCAAGUCGUGAUGCUUCCUCAAAAUCAAACAUUGAUGUUGCCUUCUGGAACAUUUAAGGGUAAAGUAGCCUUUAUCACUGGUGGUGGUACUGGACUUGGGAAAGGAAUGACAACUGCUCUCUCUACUCUGGGUGCCGAGUGCGUUAUUGCAAGUAGAAAGCUGGAUGUUUUGAAGGAGACAGCAGAAGAAAUCUCAAGUCAAACUGGAAACAAGGUCCAUUCCAUUCAAUGUGACGUGAGGGACCCAGCAUCUGUGAAGUCUGCCGUGGAGCAGAUGUCUGAAGUGGCAGGUCUGCCUGAUGUUGUAAUAAAUAACGCUGCUGGAAACUUCAUCUCGCCUUCGGAAAGACUUUCUGCGAAUGCUUUUAAAACCAUUACUGAAAUAGUUCUGAAUGGUACUGCAUAUGUAACUCUGGAAAUUGGAAAAGAAUUGAUCAAAGCAAAAAAAGGUGCUGCCUUCCUGGCUAUUACUACUAUCUAUGCAGAGACUGGGUCAGGUUUUGUGAUGCCCAGUGCAUCAGCAAAAGCAGGCGUAGAAGCCAUGUGCAAAUCACUAGCUGCUGAAUGGGGUCGAUACGGUAUGAGAUUCAAUGUGAUUCAGCCAGGACCCAUUAAAACAAAGGGUGCCUUCAGUCGACUUGACCCCAGUGGUACGUUUGAAAAAGAAAUGCUGAAGAGAAUUCCGAUGGGCCGCUUUGGUACCGUAAAUGAAAUCGCCAACCUUGCUGCUUACCUGUGCAGUGAUUAUGCCAACUGGGUUACGGGAGCAGUAAUAAGAUUUGACGGUGGUGAAUAUGUUUCAAUAGCUGGUGAAUUUAACACUCUGCAAAAGGUUACAAAUGAACAAUGGGACAUGAUGGAGUCACUUAUCAGAAAAACCAAAGGCUCCUAAAAGUGCUACAAAGCAAACAGAAUUUAACAUGACACAUCGCGCAAGAGUGUUAUGCCAGUUUACAGAUGGAAGAACCUGUGGUACUUUUUGAUGAUUUAUAGUUGAUUCGAUUUUCAAAAUAAUUUCCUUGAAAUCCAAGUCGAAAAAUCUUUAAUUGGAACGAUGUUCGUUGGAGAAUCAGAGCUUGCAGAGUUAAUUGCAACUAUAUUUUUAAUUGAGCAGGAGCAGCAGUUUUGCUACUCUGCUUGGUGCAAAGUGAGGCGAAACAAUCCUGAAAACAUUUCAGGAGCAAUGUGUUGUAGAAUAUUACAAUCAUCAUUAUAUAACAAUCACCUUCAUAUAUGAUGCAUGCGCAGUGGGAAUAAAGGAUGAUUCUUCAAAUUGGUAAACUCUAAUUUUUUGGGGGGAAAAAAAGAUACAUCAAUAAGAUGGAGUUUGAUUUUUAAAACAUGUCGGGUUUAUAUAGACGUUUGAAAGGAGUUGGGUUGUAGAACUAUUCAGCAUGAAUACAGGACCUUUGGUCUAACUUGUCCAAAACAAACAAGUUGUCUAACCAAGCUACUAGUCCCACUUGAUUGCACCUGGCCCAUAUCCCAUCAAACUUUUUCUAUCCAUAUUUCCCUUGAUUGGCAUAAUUGUACCUGCCUCUACCACUUCCUCUGACAGCUUGUUCCAUACCCAUGUGCUCUAAUUUAGAGUCCCCUACCUUGGGGAAAAGGCUGUGACUAUUCAUCUUGCGAUUUUGCAAUGUCUUGUACAGCUGUAAUAUGAUAACCCAACUCCUGUAUUCAGUUAAAUAAAAAGACAAAGUGCUGGAGGAACUCAGCAGGUCAGGCAGCAUCUGUGGAAGGAAUGGACACAUGACGUUUAAGGUUGGGCACCUACAGACUGCAUCAAACAGUAUGAAGAAGGGUCCCAACCCCAAACGCCAUCAGCUCAUUCCCUCCACAGAUGCUGUCUGACCCACUGAGUUCCAGCAGCACUUUGUUUUUUUGCUCAAGGUUCCAGCAUCGAAGCUUCUGUACUCAAUACACUGAUUGAUAAGGGCAAUUGCCUUCUUCACCACCCUAUCUACCUCCGAUGAUAGGGCUGUAAUGUUAUAUUUUGAAUAAUUGCUUCAUUACCUAUUUUCAAUUUCAAAAUACCAUGUUAGGCUGAGUUUCAAAGCCACCGUCCAACACAAUGGUAAGAUGCUGUAUCAUUAUAGACUUAUAAUCUGGAACGGAUAUUAAACAUACAAUGCAGUAGUGGUGACGUUUCACGCGUAAAGAUGGUCUUUUGUCAAUUUACUUAAACUUUCCUGUUUAUUUUCCCUGAUUUUAUUCCUGUAUCCUCAAUCUCGGCAUCUUUAGCUCAUCCAUGAUAAUUCCCUCAUUUUAUUUUUAUGUCAAAAAAAGCAAACAAACAAAAAAAACUACAUAUAAAAUGUUCUAGUUUGUUAAAGGAAUUAAAUGCUUUCAACUCAUCAAUAAAUUAUGAAGAUCACCAAGUUUUCAGCGUUAUAUUAUUUUACUUUCCAUCUGAUAUAAGCAAUUUUUCCUCAAAAAAAAGUUUACACCAUGCUCAAAGAAACAUACAGAGCAAUUAUUGAAAAUUUUACCGCAUAAAUGUAACAUAUUUAAUUGUAAAUUUUGGGAAUUGCACAGGAACAAUACCUUCAUUACAUUCAUUAAACAAUUCGGCACGGUUUUGUAAACAUUUAUUAUAAACAUUUCCUUCACUCCCAAACAAAAUGAUUGUUUUAUGCCUCAUUUCAUAUUAUAUUCUGUAGUGUAAUUUAUUGUAUGAAUUCUGUAGGUACAAAAGCAAUAGAUUACAAAGAGUAUAGAUACAACAGAUCAGAAAGAAUGUGUUGCACAUUCUCCUGAUUAACCUAUAUGCAUACCAGUUGAAGGAGAGCAUGUCCUACACCCUUUUAGCACACAGCUAUCUUCACAGAAAUCACAAGCACACGAGAAUGCGAGAUAUUUAAAAUUCUUCAGCACAGAGGAUUAAUGCCAAGUCUUUCCGAAAGAGUUUUCCUGCAUCAGAUAAAGCCAUGAUGUUUUUCUUGUAUGUUGCGAGAUUUUGAAUGUCUAGGUCCUGCAUUUUAUAAUCAGUCAUACAAUUAACUAAACGUCACACCCAGUCAUUUAGAAUAAAGCCUUCAUUUGCUAUUAAAACUUUAAAAAGUUAGUAAUUUUGCAUUGAGUUAUUACCUGUUUGUUCUUUUCGCAGAGAUCCUUUAGUAGUGCAUCUAAUUCAUGUUCAUCGAUAUAUCCACUGCUGUCCUAAACAGAUUAAGAUACAAGAUUAAGAUAUUUGUCUGGUCUUCAAAGAUUACAAAUCUUAUUAACAUCAGCUAACUGUUUAAUUAGUGUAUACUCUACCUAGGGUUUAUUUCUAAAACAAUAAACCUCUCAGUAGUUUAUGGUUGUAAAUUGGUUUAAAAUCUCAAAAUCCCCUCUUUAAGUAAUGGGAAAGCACAGUGUAAGGUUACAAUACAGCAAUAUGCACACCCAUCGUAAAUGAAUGUUUUGUUUUGGAGUCAUACAGCGUGGAAGCAGGCCCUUCGGCCCAACUUGCCCACAAUGACCAACAUGUCCCAUCUAAACUAGUGCUAUCUGCCUGCAUUUGCCCCAUAUCCCCCAAAACCUACCCUAUCCAUGUACCUGUCUAAAUGUUUCUUAAACAUUGCGAUUGUACAUGCCUCAACUACCUACUCAUGCAGCUUGUACCAUACACUCAUCAUCACCCUUUGUGGGAAAAAAGUUUUCUUUUAUAUUCCCCCCCCCCCCCCCCUUAAACCUGUGACCUCUAGUUCUCCAUUCUCCCACUCUGGGCAAGAAACUCUUUGCGUCUAACUGAUCUAUUCCUCUCAUGAUUUUGUACACCUCUAUAAGAUCACCCCUCAUCCUCCUGCGUUCCAUGGAAUAAGAGUCCAAGCCUCCUCAACCUCUCCCCAUAGCUCAGGACAUUGUGUCCUGGCAAUAUCCUCGUAAAUCUUCACUGCACCCUUUCGAGCUUUUCUCCAUUAAAAAAAAAAAAAGGAACUCUUUUGGAAAUCUCUUGUGGGGGUCAUUUUUUUCAAGAAAUGUGCAAUAUUAAACGUUUAAAGGUGCUUUGGAAUUUGAGAGUUGAUUGCGUUCAUUUAAACCAUUCUGGCCUGAUGCCAGAGAAGACGCCAUUUAUUAUUUUUCAAAAAUGUUGCUAAACUUGUGGGUUAAUACAUAUUUAUAGUGAAUAAAUCCUAUUGUAUAAAUCAUAACAGUCUGCAUAUUGAAUGUAAACAUAUUUGUAUCGGUAGAAACCUCGUACUCUAUUAUUAAACAUGUAAUUUGCCUUUCUUUAUUGUUAUUCAUAAAGAAUAUUCCGCUCAUAGAUCCUGCCUGUGAUAACAAUAAAAACAUCCAUUAGUAUGCUUGCCUUUAUGCAUGUUUAACUAGAUAUUCAAUAAUUAAAUCAAUUUUAUUGUUCCGAAAAAUGUGUAGUACUGACAGACUGCAUCUUUAGACAUUACUGCUGGUAUUCUCGUAAAAAGAUCAUGUAGGGCUAUAUUAAUAAAUAUUUUCUAA